AAUGACUAUCACUUAUCAUUUUUCGGAAUUAUGUAAGGUGACAAUCACCCCUGUCGGUCACUUUUUGUGAGGGCUAACAUCACCAACACGAUGUUGGAAUUCCGUACGGUGACAAUCACUGAGAAGUGAUCACCUUCUGUCAAAAUAGCAGUGACAAUAAGAAAGCUAUCACUUUUUUUUCUCUCGCGCUAUUUGUAAUUUUUUUUAACAAAAACGGUCGCAGUUUAAGAAAAAAGGCAAUGUUUCGAAUGUUAUGUUUUGCACGUGAGUCUUGCUUGAAGUAUAAAAGCCAUUUGCAUUAGGAAACAAAGAAGUUGGAGUUGUGUCGUCAAAAAUGGGAGAAGCAAAACGUGGCAAUGCAACGCAGAUGCAGUUAUCUUUGCUGGACGAAUUCAUGAACAAGCACAAGGAACUUGCAAGAGGAUCUUUCAUGAAAACCGAAAAUGGCAAAGAUAAAUGCAACAAGCUGUGGGUGGAACUCAAAACGAAGCUCAACGCCGUUGGCCCACCUGUUAAAACGGUGGCCGAAUGGAAGCGGGUCUGGACUACACGAAAAUACAAAACGAAGACAAAAUUGUCUUCGAAUAAAAAAUCUCUCAAGAAAACAGGAGGUGGACCGUAUUCUGGGAAAGAGUUAACAUUCGCCGAUGAAUCGAUAAUCGAAGCAUGUGGGCUGGAAGCUACCGUUACUGGUAUUCCGGGUGUUGCUUCCUACGGUUUCAAUAGCGACAUGGAGGAGGAAGAUGAUCGCAGCAUCGAGAAUAUUCCAACUGACGAUUACUUAAUGGAAUCUGUUUUUGACCAUCAGACAGCAGGUCCGAGCUUGACCACCAGACCACACGCGCCAAAAGAGAAAAAGAAUGUGCAGUUGUUAGAAAAACAAGUAGAAAUAAGUCAACAAUUUCUGGACACCUGCAGUGAAACCUUACAAAAGAUAAGUAGUUCUCAAGCGGACGUGUCUAUGCACUUGCGAUCACUAAAACACGAUUUCAGAAAACUAGUAGAACUAAAACAAGAAGAGUACAAGGAGAAAAAAGAUUACAGAAAAAAGAAAUUAAAAAUGCUAGAAGAAAGUGGCUUUCAGAAAAGCGUAUUGAAAAAAGAGCAAUUGGAGCUCCAAAAAUUGAACAUAGAAGUAUUACAAACUACGAACGAAUUGAAAAAAUUAAAACUAAGUAGAGAAGAUGAAUGAAUACGUACGCGCCAAUGUUUGUAUGUCUGAGAUGAGUGUGUGUGAGAUGAAUGUGUGUCUGUGAAAUGAACGUGUGUUUCUAUGAGAUGAAUGUGUGUGACUGUGAGAUGAAUGUGUGUGUGUGUGUGUGUGUGUGUGUGUGGGUUGAGUAUGUGUGGAUCAAGUGUGUGUGUCAGUGAAGAACAUUGCAAUUUUCUAACUAUAGCUUAUUAGUUUGGUUGCGUUUGAAGAAUAAAUGUCACCUGCAUUAUAAAACAGCAAACAACGAAAUAUAUGAUUUGUUUAACUUUAGCAAUCCCAGCAGUAUUGUAUCCCAUGGUUAUUAAAAUGCGUCGGUUGUAGAAGAGAAGAGCAUGUUCAGCAAGAUGUUUGAACAUGAAAUGCUUAGAAAAGAAUAAAUUUGUAAAUGAAGGGAAAACAAAACGGAUUAGUAUAAGAUUGAAGAAAAGGACAACCAAACUAAUCGAAUAGACAAACGAUUUGAAAAAA